CAACGGAGGUGCAGUCGAACAGACUCAGGAGAGAGGUGGCAGUAGCAUCAUCAGAGCCAUUCUCUCUCUCUUUUUCUCUCAGAUUCCGGUCUCUGUUAACAUCAACCAGCUUAAUAAGUCCUUGUUUCUUCUUGGUCUCUUUAUUUGGGUUUCUGUUUCAUUCUUGCUUCUCCUCCACGAUGAACACAAGACAUGGUUCUCCUUUUACUACAAUUCAAUGGCAAGAACUUGAACAUCAAGCUCUCAUAUUCAAGUAUAUAGUCUCUGGAGCUCCCAUUCCACCUGAUCUCAUCUUCCCUAUCAAAAGAAGCCUGGACUCUCUACUCGCUUCAAGGCUGUUCCCUCACCAACCCAUUGGGUGGGGUUGUUUUCAGGUGGGUUAUGGCAGGAAAGUAGAUCCAGAGCCAGGGAGGUGCAGGAGAACAGAUGGGAAGAAAUGGAGGUGCUCGAAAGAAGCAUAUCCAGAUUCAAAGUACUGCGAGAAACACAUACACAGAGGAAGAAACCGUUCAAGAAAGCCUGUGGAAGUUAUAGCUUUAAACCCCUCAACAGCCAUUUCAUCAAUCGCUAGAAAUCAGUUCGUCACCACCACUCCUUACUCCCUUUCCUCUCUUUCAUCAUCAGUCGCAGCUGAAACUCAUAAUCACCACCAUCCUUACUACAAUGCCUCACCGUAUCCCUUCCAUUAUCCCCACUCUUCUUCUAGACCUCCAGGUAUCGGUUCUUCAACCCAAAACAACUCUACACAUUUACUUUUAGACCCUGGAUCUUACUCUCACGCGGAUAAAGCUUACAGAAGCAGGUAUUCUAAUGGACUGAAGGGGGAUGUGGAUGAGAUUACCUUCUCUAAAGUCUCAGAGACUGUUAGAAGUGUCCCUGAUUCGCCCUUCGAUAAUCCAUGGCACUUCACGCCGCUGAGAAUGAGUUCAUCCUCUCUAACUCAACCAAAACUGAAGAGUUGCUCUGCUUUGCAAGGUGAGUUCACUCAAUUGCAGUUCCAGAACUUCACUGAUAUCUCUACACGUCAACAAGAGCUGCAGAAUCAAGAGCAAAACCGCUUUGUUUUGGGUGCCGAAAUAAAAAAUGAAAGACCUAUGAAAAUGGAGAGGGAAGAUGGAACCCAGCAGCAGCUGCUCCACUUCUUCGAUGAGUGGCCACCGAAGAACAGGGAUUACUCCACAACCCAGCUCUCGAUUUCAAUUCCCAUGCCCUCUCCUGACUUCCCAGUGUCUAAUUCCCGAACCCAAAAUGAUGCUUGAAGUUGAACUGUUGAACAGUCAAAGUGGGUGUUUUUUUCUCACUGGAUCAAGAGAACUGCUCU